CUCAUAUCAAGCCAUGCAAAUUUCAUAGAAAAAAACAAAUAUAAAGUUUUUUUAUAUAAAUAUAUAUAUAUGUGUGUGUGUAUGGAUCAAGACAAGGAUAAUAGCUCAUCAUCAGGGGUUAAAUACAGAGGCGUGAGACGGCGGCCGUGGGGGAAGUUCGCGGCGGAGAUCCGAGAUUCGACCCGACACGGUGCCCGGGUCUGGCUCGGUACCUUUGGCACGGCUGAGGAGGCUGCCCGGGCCUAUGACCGGGCAGCUUACGCUAUGAGAGGCUCAUUAGCCAUUCUUAACUUCCCUGAGGAGUACCCUUCCACCAACACUGGCCAAUCAUCUUCUUCCACGUCAGCUUCUUCUUCUUCUUCAAUGCGGGUCGCCGGUGGUGACAGUAGCCGCCGGAGUAGGAAUAAUAAUAAUAAUAAUCAAGUCAUUGAAAUUGAGUACUUGGAUGAUAAUCUUCUGGAAGAGCUUCUUGACUAUGAUGCCAAGAAAAAGUGAGACUAUAAUUGAUAUAAUAAUUUAUAAUCUUUUCUUUCUUUAUUAUUUACAAAGAAAAGAAAAGAUUCAUGAUUAUUCUCUAAUAGAAAAAAUUCAGUCUUUUUUUCGUGUGAUGGGUUAUUAUUUUUAUUAGUAUAUAUAUAUAUACAUUGUGUUAUUAUUCAAUAAAAGAUCAUAAUUAAGCAUUACAUUUGUGAUAUAAGAUAUAUCAUAGGGAUUAUUAAUCAAUUAAUUUAUGUGUGAGGACCAUCAUGCAAAUUGAUAUAAAUUUCUGAACCUCAAGUAGGCCAUAUGUUUUGGAUAAGUUGACUAAGUCAUAUUAAUAUAUAUGUUUACAAAUAUGUGAAUUAAUGCCAAUGAGGAGUGACUCCAA